AUGGAUUCAUCUACAUGUCCUGUUCCGAGCCACGCUUCAGAAUCUCCAGGAAAGAUUGGAUCAUCCAUUCCUAAUAAAAUGGACCGAACGUUGGAUCUUGAAUCGGGCACAAACCAUGAGUUGAGCAAACCGGUUCCUGGGAUGUGGCGGUUUCCUACAAAUCCAGAUCUGUGUUGCAUCUACAGAGUACCAGACUGUCUACGUGAAGUAAACCCAAAAGCAUACACUCCUCAGCUGGUACUCAUUGGACCGCUUCACCGUUCUUUAAAAUCUCAAGCUCUCAAGUCUCGAGGAGAUAUCACCAAGGCAAAGUCAUUGGGAUACUUAAACACGGAGGCGCAUAAGAAGAUUUACCUAGUUGAGUUCGCAAAAAGGGUCGAAGGGAACAAAGUUGUUGAAGAACUCAAAAGACAAAUCAAGGAAGACGAAGAUAUGAUCAGGGCAAGCUACUCAGAAUCAACGACCUGGAUUGACUCUCCAGACUUUGUGGAGAUGAUACUGCAUGACUCUAUUUUCAUAAUAGAGCUCAUGUUAAGGUUUAACUUAAAAGGACCUGAGAGAAUAGGGGAUCCUCUGAUGGACGAGCCUUGUCUUGAAAACACAAUCAAAAGGGAUCUUAUUUUGCUCGAGAACCAACUUCCUUACUUCAUCUUGGAAAAACUCUUUGAUCCAAUCAUCAAAAUACUGUACCCGAGCGAGACAAUGCGUACACUUGUUAUCAGCUACUUCGAACUAGACAAGAAGAAGAAACUCAAAGAGAGCUCCAAGUUCAGACAUUUCACUGAUUUGUUCAGGUGUAUCCGCGUGGAAACACUUCCUGAAGAUGGUGUAGGGGGUUUCGAACACAUAGCAAAGAUGCAUAAUGCAGAUAAGCUAUAUAACAGGGGAGUGAAGUUCGAGGCUAUAGAAGAAGAGUUUUCUGUUUGGGUGAAAUUCGACGUUGAAACUGGUUGUUUGAAGAUACCUUGUUUCCGGGCUGAUGAUGACAUGGAGAUAGAACUUAGAAACAUAAUGGCGUUUGAGCAAUCGUAUUAUCCUUACAAUGCCUAUGUUUGUGACUAUUAUUAA